AGUGGCUGGGCAGGGGUUGGGAAUGUUGAAUUUGGAAAUUGGAGGGGACACUGGUGGACGGACUGGGUGCAAGGACUUGGAGUCGAUGGAGGAGCAGGACGCCAGGGUCCCGGCCCUAGAACCAUUCAGGGUGGAGCAGGCACCACCUAUAAUCUACUAUGUGCCUGACUUCAUCUCCAAGGAAGAGGAGGAGUACUUGCUUCGACAGGUGACCCCAAAACCCUUCUGGUUUUCAAUGCCCCCAAGCCAAAGUGGACCCAGCUCUCUGGGAGGAAGCUACAGAACUGGGCCCUGGCACCCACUCCCCAGCCCCAUGAGGAUGGACCACUAUACUACCCGACCGUCAGCACCAUCAGCCUGGGCUCCCACACCGUGCUGGACUUCUAUGAGCCGCGGCGCCUGGAGGACGAUGACCCUACAGAACAGACCCCUAGCUAUGGCGCUGUCCCCACCUCUGGGCCCCAGGCCCCUCUCAGAGGCCCUCACACCCCCGCCUGGAAAACCGGACAUUGCUGGAUACACCGGCUGCCCAGCUUCAGGAAUGGAGAUGAUCAGGUCAGAGCAGAAGCUGGGGCUGGACUCCUUGGAUGCUCCUGAGCACUUCCAGGGUGGGCAGAGGGGCACUGAGCCCACUGCUGGCCCCCCAAGGUUGUCAAUGCCCUCUUCCCAUGAGGACUCAGCUGAGGACAAACACCAUGAGCACCCCGUCUCUGGCUUGGAGGUACUGGAGGCUGAGCAGGACAGCCUGCACCUUUGCCUGUUGGGGCUGGGCCUCCGGCUGCAGGACCUGGAGCGAGGUCUGGGGCCCUGGACACUGGCCCAGAGCAUGACGGUCCGGCUGCAGGCCCUACAAGCAGACCUGCGAGGAGCAGCCGAGCGUGUGGAUGCACUGCUGGCAUUUGGUGAGGGGCUGGCACAGCGGAGUGAACCCAGGGCCUGGGCAUCCCUGGAGCAGAUCCUGAGGGCCCUUGGAGCCCACCGAGAUACCAUCUUCCGACGGCUCUGGCAGCUGCAGACACAGCUGGUCAGCUACAGCCUGGUGUUCGAGGAGGCCAACAUGCUGGAUCAGGACUUGGAAGCCAAGGGAGACUCAGACGGGCCAGGAUCUGGUGGGGUCUGGGGACCCUGGGCAUCCAGUAGCCUCCUCACUCCUGCAGAGUUGGAGUGGGACCCGGCGGGGGACGUUGGGGGCCUGGGGCCCUUGAGGCAAAGGACAACUUGGACUCCAGGGGCUCCCUGUGAGCUGUGUGGCCACAGGGGGCCCCAGGGCAGGGGACAAGGCUUUGAGGACAUGCUCAUGUCGGGUCUCAGCCACCAGAAACACUUGCCACGUCACCGAAGACGUUCCUUGCUCCGGAAGCCUCAGGACAAGAAGAGGCAAGCAGCUCCCCGUCUGCUGGAAGUGGAUUCUGGAGUGCCGGCUCCUACACCCAGGCGGCCUCCGAUCUUCCUCCUUCUCCUUCUCCUCUUCCUGCUCCUGGUGGGUGCCACAUUGUUCCUGCCCACGUCAGGAGGCCCCUGCUGCUCUCACGCUCGACUGGCCAGGACACCCUACCUGGUGCUCGACUAUGUCAACGGUCCCCCGCCAAUCUGAGGGCACAGCCCGGACACGAGGAAUAAACGGUCACUGUCCAAGCAAGUGUGACGAUGUUGGGUGCUUGAGUCCCCGGAGUGCGGCACGCAGCCCUGAUGUGUCUGGACAGUCCUGCCACAGACCCCCGCGUCUGGAGCACAGAACACUGCACUGCAUCGACCCAUCUUGGGUGGGGUUCGCCUCGAUCCUGACACAAGAGGAUUCAAGCCUCAGUAAUGUACUUGGCGGGUGGUACUCGGAACAGUGGCAGCGGAAUGAGGAAGUGAGCCAUGGCAGGGAGGCCAGUAUUGGGUGAGCUAAGGAGGCUGCUGCUCUGGGUCCCUGGGGUGCCAUCCCACUGGGGACGUCUGGCAGCUGUGUGGCACACACUCGAAGUCGUUCCAUGGAGAAAUUGUGGCACUGAUGGAUCAGUGUCCAUCUCUUCACUUCACCUGUCCCAGCUAUGAAGGCCCCACCCUACCUGUGCAAAGAAUCACAGGUGUUCCCCACAGCAAGCUAGAGGCAGGUACAACAGGGUGUGGGCCAUAUGGGUGACCUCCUCAGCCCCUGGCUUGUGUCCACACAGGUGCUCUGUUUGAACAUUCUACGAGGUAGGCUCUUGAGCGGGGCCAUCCCUAGCCCAGGACCGUGAAACCCCUUUGCUGUUUUUUUUUUUUUUUUUUUUUUGACAGGCAGAGUUAGACAGAGAGAAAGGUCUUCCUUCUGUUGGUUCACCCCCAAAAUGGCUGUCGGAGCCAGGCGCUUCCUCCUAGUCUCCCAUGCGGGUGCAGGGGCCCAAGCACUUGGGCCAUCCUCCACUGCCCUCCCGGGCCACAGCAGAGAGCUGGACUGAAAGAGGAGCAACCGGGACAGAAUCAGCACCCCAACCGGGACUAGAACCUGGGAUGCUGGCACUGCAGGUGGAGGAUUAGCCAAGUGAGCCGCGGCACCAGCCUUUCCUGGAGUCUUGACAACACCAGGCUGAAUUGCCAGGGCUCCAUCCUAAGACUCCGCCAAGCUUCCGAUAUUGGGGGGAGAGGCGGGCAGAAUUGGACUCCAGAACAGAAGCAGGAGCCCUGCGCUGAGCUCCUGCUGUGCGCUUACCAAAUCCCCUGUCUGCAGUCUCACACCAUGGACGCUCAGAGAGGGGGAGCCACGGGCCAAGUGACUCAAGCCCAGCUCUCUCUGACUUCAAACGGAAAUGGGAAUUGGGUUUUGUGGGUAACUGAGACGGGCAACACUUCAGGCACAGCCACCUCCAGGGUCUCAAAUGAUGUCUCCUUCCCACAGUUCUUUCCUCUUGUCCUUUUUAGCGUCAUUCUUAUCCCAGUGGUGAUAGGCGCGCCCCAUAAAACCUCCAGGUACACAUCCCACCAACUUAGCAGCCAACAGGAGUGUCACCCUCCCUUUCUAGUUCCAACCCAGGCCCAGCAUGGGCUCCUGUGGCUUGGGUCACCUGCCCGUCCUCUGCUGGGGGCUGCAGUCAGCCCUGCCUGAACUAUGUGGACUCACGUGGGGAGGGGUGGGUCUCCAAAGAGAACCAAGAGCUGUUUUUUGCUCCUGAGGAAAAGGGGGAAACAGCUCAUUCUGGGGGAAACUCUAGGUUUAGGGAAAAUUCCCGUUUCAAAUGUCAGGCCAAGUCUGCCCACAACCAAGGAGACGACAGGGUCUCCCUGGGAUCACCAGCAAACAGAACAGGUGGGAUCUCCGAAAUACCCAGUAAUGGAGCAGAUCUGUGCCAUUCACUUAACAAACAGUGACUUUUAUGAGUAGGGACUCAAGGACCAGGGGUUGACACUGAAGAAGAUGGAAUAGAAUCCUUGUCCUGGGGUUGGAUGUGUGUGGUGCAGGUUAGGCAGCUAUGACACCAGCAUCCCAUAAGAGCACUGGCUCCAGUCCUGGCUGUUCCACUUCCUUUUUUUUUUUUUUUUUUUAAGAUUUAUAUUUGAAAGUCAGAGUUACACAGAGAGAGGAGAGGCAGAGAGACAGAGGUCUUCCAUCUGAUGGUUCACUCCCCAGUUGGCCAUAAUGGCUGGAGCUGUCCCGAUCUGAAGCC